CGCCUUGCCCCGCCCCAGUCCGGUCGUGGCUGGGGUUCGAGCCACUGCUCCGCAGGCCUGAGUGUACGGGGCAUGAGCGGGGUUUGGGGGGCCGGAGGGCCUCGGUGCCAGGCGGCGCUCGCGGUCCUGGCCUCUCUGUGCCGGGCCCGGCCGCCCCCUCUCGGGCUGGACGUGGAGACUUGUCGGAGCUUCGAGCUGCAGCCCCCGGAGCAGAGUCCGAGCGCGGCCGACUCAGGCACCUCUGUCAGCCUCCUCGCCGUGGUAGUUAUUGUGUGUGGCGUGGCCCUGGUGGCAGUUUUUCUCUUUCUCUUUUGGAAGCUGUGCUGGAUGCCCAGGAGGAGCAAGGAGGCUUCCAGCCCCUCUUCUGCUAACCCUGCUUCAGAGACCCUCCCAAGUCCCAGCUCCAGACGCAACAUGGCGGAUAAGCUGAAGGACCCCAGUGCUCUGGGCUUCCUGGAGGCGGCUGUGAAGAUCAGCCACACUUCCCCAGAUAUCCCAGCCGAGGUGCAGAUGUCAGUCAAAGAGCACAUCAUGCGUCACACGAGGCUGCAGCGACAGACCACAGAACCAGCAUCAUCCACCAGACACACGUCCUUCAAACGCCACCUGCCACGGCAGAUGCACGUCUCCAGUGUAGACUACGGUAACGAGCUCCCGCCAGCGGCCGAGCAGCCCACCAGCAUUGGCCGCAUCAAGCCUGAGCUCUACAAGCAGAAGUCAGUGGAUGGGGAUGAUGCCAAGUGUGAGGCCGCCAAGAGCUGUGGGAAGAUCAACUUCAGCCUCCGCUAUGACUACGAGAGCGAGACCCUGAUUGUGCGCAUCCUGAAGGCCUUUGACCUCCCUGCCAAGGACUUUUGUGGAAGCUCUGACCCUUACGUCAAGAUCUACCUCCUGCCCGACCGCAAGUGCAAGAUGCAGACCCGGGUGCACCGCAAGACCCUGAACCCUACCUUUGACGAGAACUUCCACUUCCCCGUGCCCUAUGAGGAGCUGGCUGACCGCAAGCUGCAUCUCAGUGUCUUUGACUUUGACCGCUUCUCCCGCCAUGACAUGAUCGGGGAGGUCAUCCUGGACAAUCUCUUUGAGGCCUCUGACCUGUCCCGGGAGACCUCCAUUUGGAAGGACAUCCAGUACGCCACUAGUGAAAGUGUGGACCUGGGAGAGAUCAUGUUCUCGCUCUGCUACCUGCCCACAGCAGGCAGGCUCACCCUCACAGUGAUCAAGUGUCGCAAUCUCAAGGCAAUGGACAUCACAGGCUACUCAGAUCCCUACGUCAAAGUGUCCCUGCUGUGUGACGGCCGGAGACUGAAAAAGAAGAAAACAACCAUAAAAAAGAACACCCUCAACCCUGUCUACAACGAGGCCAUCAUCUUUGACAUCCCCCCAGAAAACAUGGACCAAGUGAGCCUGCUCAUCUCUGUUAUGGACUACGAUAGAGUUGGCCACAAUGAGAUCAUAGGAGUCUGUAGAGUGGGGAUCAAUGCUGAAGGCCUUGGCAGGGACCACUGGAAUGAGAUGCUGGCAUACCCACGGAAGCCCAUUGCACACUGGCACUCCUUGGUGGAGGUAAAGAAAUCCUUCAAAGAGUGGCAGGGCCGAGCUGCCAGCUUCGACAGUGAGAGCUCAUGCCCAUCUCCGAAACCACCUCCGACACCAUGAGCCGCACAGCCGAGCCACACAAACGGGACUCAGCAACGUUCUUUUCACACUUCUUCUGGUCGUCCAAACGCAGUGUUUGUGCAGUCACGGUGAUGGCCGCCGCCGCGCCGCCGCCGC